AUGGCUCAAGCUCGUCCUCAAACAAUGGAGAUGCCAGACCUUUCCAACGCCAUCGUUGCACAAGAUGAAAUGGGUAGACCAUUUAUCAUCGUGAAGGAUCAAGGUAAUAAGAAAAGACAACACGGUAUUGAGGCUAAGAAAUCGCAUAUCCUGGCGGCAAGAUCUGUUGCUUCAAUCAUUAAGAGUUCAUUAGGUCCUCGUGGUUUGGAUAAAAUUUUAAUUUCACCAGAUGGUGAUAUUACCAUCACCAAUGAUGGUGCCACAAUUCUUUCUCAAAUGGAACUUGAUAAUGAAAUAGCAAAACUGUUAGUUCAAUUGUCAAAGUCUCAAGAUGAUGAAAUCGGUGAUGGUACUACAGGUGUUGUUGUAUUAGCUAGUGCAUUACUUGAUCAAGCUCUCGAAUUAAUUGAAAAAGGUAUCCACCCAAUUAAAGUAGCAAAUGGUUUUGAUGAAGCUGCCAAACUAGCUAUUUCAACACUAGAAGCCACUGCUACCGACGUUGCAACCGAUAAAGUACAAUUCCAAGAACAUAUAUUCAAGGCAGCAAGAACAUCUCUUGGUUCCAAGAUCGUCUCUAAGGAUCAUGAUAAAUUUGCAAACAUGGCUGUUGAUGCAGUUACCUCCGUAUUGGUCGCAGAUAAAAAAGAUGUUGAUUUCGAUUUAAUUAAGUUGCAAGGUAGGGUUGGUGGUUCAAUAGAUGAUUCCUCCCUAAUAAAUGGUGUUAUUCUAGAUAAAGAUUUUUCACAUCCACAAAUGCCAAAAGUAGUUCUUCCAAAAGAAGGGAAAACAGAUGUAAAAUUGGCAAUUCUAACUUGUCCCUUUGAACCACCUAAACCAAAGACUAAACAUAAAUUAGAUAUUUCUUCCGUUGAAGAAUACCAAAAGUUACAAACAUAUGAGCAAGAUAAAUUUAAAGAAAUGAUUAACUACGUUAAAGAAGCCGGUGCCGAUGUUGUUAUUUGUCAAUGGGGUUUUGAUGAUGAAGCUAACCAUCUUCUUUUGCAAAACGAUUUACCUGCUGUUAGAUGGGUCGGUGGUCAAGAACUAGAACAAAUUGCUAUUGCCACUAAUGGUCGUAUUGUUCCUCGUUUCCAAGAUUUAACUGCAGACAAACUAGGUUCUUGUUCAAAGAUAUAUGAAAUGGAGUUUGGUACUACAAAGGAUCGUAUGCUAGCUAUUGAACAAAACGAACAAGCCAUUAAAUCUAAAACUGUUACCUGUUUGAUCCGUGGUUCUAACAAAAUGAUUGUAGAUGAAGCUCAACGUGCCCUGCAUGAUUCUUUAUGUGUUGUACGUAAUCUAGUAAGAGACUCUCGUGUUGUAUACGGGGGUGGUGCUGCUGAAGUUACUAUGUCUAGAGCUGUAUCGGAGGAAGCUGAUAGACAGCGUGGCAUCGAUCAAUAUGCUUUCCGUGGUUUUGCACAAGCACUAGAUACAAUUCCUAUGACUUUGGCUGAGAAUUCUGGUUUGGACCCUAUCAAGACUUUAUCCUCUAUUAAGAGUAAACAAAUUAAAGAAAAUGUAUCUUAUUUCGGUGUAGACUGCCUAGGAAAUGACACUAAUAAUAUGAUAGAUUUGUUUGUUGUUGAUCCAUUUAUUGGUAAGAAGCAACAGAUUUCACUUGCCACCCAACUUUGUAGAAUGAUUCUAAAGAUCGACAACGUUAUUAUUAGUGGUAAAGACGAAUAUUAA